AUGGGUCGGGCACGAUUGGGCCAGAAGGCGGAACUUUAUCUUACCUUAAUCGAUGAUUUGACAGAGUCCAGGACGCAUGGUAUUUCCGGGCGGGAGGUGAUUCGUACGUUAAUAAAUCAGGUAAAGCAGUUAACAAUGGACUUGGCAGAGACCCCGAAAGACAUUAACGCUGCCGUUAGGUUAGCUACGGAUCAGGAGAUAGAUAUAGCGACAGGGGUAUGCAAUAGGCGAGUCAUUUUGUCUGCUGACGUGCGAUCCUACAGGUGUGGGCGCUCAGGGCACGUCCAGAGGCAGUGCCGUCAGUCACAACGUGAGAACUGUCGUGUGGUUGGGCACCACGGGAAGAACUGUACAAGCAAGGGGCGGAAUGGACGGGGGCGAAAUGUUCAAGCGUUAAAAGCAAACGGGAACCCCAUUCAAUAUCAAUGCUGCAGAACGUAUGUGGAGGCGGAAAGUGGCGUUGUGGGAGUGAAACCAGACAGCCUGUGCAAACUGUAUGAGAUGGAUGAGAACCACGAGCGACGCAUGUGGCUUGACAAACUGCUGCAGUUCAUGGAGGAGCGUGGAACACCUAUCUCAGCAUGUCCCACCAUCUCCAAGAAUCCUCUCGAUCUCUAUCGGUUGUAUGCUUACGUCAAGGAAAGAGGGGGCUUCAUGGAGGUAUGCAAGGUCACAAAAAACAAAACCUGGAAAGACAUUGCAGGGCUUUUAGGCAUCGGAGCAUCUUCAAGUGCUGCAUAUACACUUCGGAAGCAUUACACGAAAAACCUUUUGGCCUUCGAAUGUCACUUUGACUGUGGAGGUAUAGACCCACAACCAAUUAUAAAUCAAGUGGAAUCUACUUCGAAGAAUAAGAUGACCAAGACAUCAUCAGUUCCAUCUCCAGAAUAUUGUGAUCACAUGCCAUCUGAUGCAAAAGAGUGGACAGAGGAAUUGCAAGUUCUACUCUUCUCUCUUUCAGAAAAGCUUGCAGAAUCUUAUAACUUAUGUACUCAUAUCCUGUUCAUAACAUAUAUUGUGUUAAACUCCUUAAACAAGGCCACAGCUGAAUCCUUUCCCCAUCUGCUCCUCAACACCUCCCCUUUUUUCAGCAAGUUCAUGUUGAUGGUUAAUUUAAUUGUCCUCUUUGACUUGUUGACAGGUCUCUAUGUGCAUGUGCAUGAAUCAGUGAUGAUUCCAAGACAAAACAUUGUUAGUUAUUUUGCUGUGCUAAUGAUUUGGUGUGAAAUUUCUGAAAAAUGCUCAUCAAAUUCACAGGAUUCAUUUCCAGCAGCUGGUUCAAGUGGAGAAAAUAUUUUGAUAUUACAGUUAAGAGACUAUUUCCCAUAUCUUCUGAGGAGUCCAUAUCAAAAUACUAUGUCACAUGUAGAUAUCUGCUUCAGAUUGCUGGAUAAAUAUUUCUCCCCUGCUGAGGUAGACCAGCAAGUUCUGGCAGGAAUUGUUGCUUUUAUAUUUGUUAUUUCAGUAGCUAUGGAGGCCAUGAGAAAACAUACUUUUAAGUUUGAUCUUCCUUCUCUGCUUUUAACUCAGUUGCUUAUUGUGCUGGGUGUGGGGGUGCCGAUGCAAGGUGUGGGGGAUAACAUUAGCGUUUCCAACCCUUUUGACAACGUGGCGACUGGGCAGAGGCCCAAUCCUUACUGCCCUUCUGGAGGCCCCUCUCGUCCCCAAGGAAUUCAGCAAGGCUAUCAAGGCCAGUCCGGGUACUCUCAGUAUCCGGAUCAGUAUCCCCAUAGUCGUGGACAACCAACGAAUAUGGGGCAGGAAUUCAAUCAGCAGUACUCUCCCAGCAGCUCAUAUCCACCUGCUCGGCCUAUGUAUCCUCCCUACGCUUCUGAGACUGAAAGGUUGGCUUCGAGUUCCUCAAAUAAUAGAAAAGAGAAGUACCACAGAUCUCUGAAAGGUAAACAUCCCUUAGUUGGAAACAACGAACCAGAGUGGUUCUUCCUGGAAAAUGUUUAUGUUUGGAGAAAGAAACUGCAGGGGAAUGAAAAAUGUGAACUCCACCACAACACAUUUAAGCUGUGGUUAAAAAAAGUAUUUUAUUUAUGGUGCCGCAACAUGAAUUUUCUAUUGACUCCCACUAGAAAUAAAAAUGUGACAAGCAUUACAUUGCAGACGUGGAUUGAAAAUACCACCACCACCACCACCAUCAGGACCAGGACCAUUCCUCUCCACAAGAUAAGUUAUGACUACAUAUUCUUGGAUACAACAGUUGUGGCAGUCGCCAGGAGAAUAUACUAUAUAGAAUAUGUGCAGAAGUAUACUGAAUGGAAACGUAUGAUUGAUAUGGAACUUUGUCUCAGAAUAAGGAUAUUAUCAGGGGGCCUUCAUUUGAUAGACAGAAUUGUAAAAUUUUUGGGAUUAAAAUACAUAAAGUGUGUUGAUAAGGCUUACAAUCCAAAGAAGAAUCCAAUGUUGGAUCAAAAAUUUUUUCAUGUUAAACUCUUGCCUUUGUUUUUGCCUCUGAGCAGUAAUCUUGAUAGGUGUAUCUCAGAACAGGGAGCCACUGUAAAGUACAGGCAAACUAGGAAAACAGUCAGUGCCAUUUUGAUGAUGAUUUGUGAAAAUGAUGAAAUUGUCUGGUAUUUUGAGUCUGUAACUUACCAAGUUCAGUUGCUGAUCAACCCUGUGUUCACUAUGUUGUUUGUGACACCUUUUAGUUACAGAUUAUCAUGCCUGCAACCUUCGACCUUGCUCAAAGAACUUCUUGCAAUUUCUGCCAUCUCUCUCAUGUGUCUGUUAACAAACAUUUUAAAUCAUUUUGUGGAUGUUAUAUUUAUGAUUUUAGCAUCUAGAGAGCUCCACAACUCAGACAACAUACCACAAGAAAGUGUCUCUCUAUGGGGAUUUACACCUCUGUUGUCUGAUUACUUUGUUACACUCUAUAAAAUCAAGAUAAAAAGUACUAGCAGCACUGAUCAUAAAAAGUCCCGUUUUACAUACAACAGGCGUUUCCUUCUGCUUGGAAUUAUUUCAGCUCUUUUUCGGUUUUUGUUUGAUAGUGCUUUGCGGAAACUUGCUGUUUACCGUACAAGUAACAACUGGUGUUACAUCUUUAUUUGUACAGAAACAUUGAAGCUGCUGGCACAAUAUAAAAGGAAGAACAUACAGAGUGAAUAUGAAUGUGUAAAGUUUCACCUGCAACUGAUGAUAUCUGUAUCUUAUCACAUGAUAAUUAAAACACAAAACAGUGUCAAGGUUUUUCUCCUUUUUAUGAGUUAUGGACAAGGUAGAGGGACGCAGCAGUCGGCUGGUGGUCAAGAUCCCUUUGGACACAACCGGUACGGGGGGCCCAGACAGCCACCUGGCUAUCCUUCACGUACUGGCUAUCCUGCUCCACCUAUGGGACCACCAGCACAGCAACCCACAGGGUAUCCACCACAGCAAGACUAUUACCGUCAAGAUCCGGUAAUUAUAGUCAUUUGUAUAAAAGUAAAUCAUACUUCUUCAUUAAAAUGUGAAAGAAAUAACAAUGCUGAUAUUCAUUUACAUUUUCUGGAUCAAUGCGAUCCUGUAUUGCAGUUACUGAAAAUUUUUAACUUCCAAACAGUCUUACCGCAAGUUCAACAUCCCACAAUUUUUCAGAUCUCUAAAAGGUUUACUGCAAUAUACUGCACAGUGCAUAACAAUAUAGUACAGCUGCUUCCCUUUGAAGUUCACUCAUUUGAGAUUUUCCAGCCCCUUUCAGAUGUAAUGGUAAUACUGGCAGGUUUCUUUAACAUUUUACGGAACAAAGUUGAAUGGUACAAAGAGAGCAAAUCAAAAGAAGGUUGUAGAGGAGCAGUGAUGAUGUCUACCAAAAUGCUGACUUUGCCUGUGGCAUUCCAAAACUCUGAGCACACCCAUUACUUAUUCAAGACUCUUACAAAUAAAUUGUCGGAUGGACUGUUGGCAGAAGAUUUUAAAAUUGGAGAGAAAAUAAGACAUAAGCUCUUUGAAAGUCACACAUUUACAUUAUCAUUACAGGCAACAAAUUCUCCUCCUCCCCAUCCCCCACAGACACACACACACACUGCCACUGCCCCCUCUGGGCAUUCACUGAUAGUUUUCCGUUAUUUGAAUAAACAGUGUAAUGUACUCUGCCUUAAGGAGGACAAUAUGCCUGCAACACUUCCACCCUCAAGAUUAAUAAUACAGUAUUCUCAGUUGAAACCAACAAUAUUAUUAUCUCGUAGAUAUGAGAUCACAUUCUCACUGAUACAAAAAUGUUAUGAUUCUGAUGUACUGCUUCUAAUAAGGGGAAAGUGUGAAAACGUACAGCACAAUUGCAGGUCAUUACCAGGAAUAAUUAGUGCAGUUAACAGCAAGGAGCUUGUGAACAUUACAAUUGAAAGUAAAUACUGCCAACAGGUAUAUUCUGGUCAACAAGCAGCUACUGCAACUGGCCCAGGUGGUCAGAUGUAUCCUGGAAGCCCUCAUAGUAAAUCAAUGCCACCUCCAGCUCCACAGACCCCUAGAAGGCAUCCAGAUUUUGCAAAAGACCCACAGCAGUCUCCCUAUCCACCAUAUAGUCAACAAAGGCCUUCUAUAUACGGCUGGAGUAGUGGUAACACUCAGUAUCGGGCACAGUACCCUCCACAAGGACCUGUUCCACAAGGGCCUCCACAGUGGAACCAAAAUGCUCAACGAGCUGGUGGUCCUGAGCCUGGUCAGCCAGCUAACAGCCAGUGGGACCAGCACCGCUACCAAGCUAGUGGACAGUCACCGUAUCAGCCUCCACAACAGCAGCAGUGGGUUCCAAGUAUGCAGACUCCUGGUAUUAAUCAAAACUCACUCCUAAGGCCACCGAUGGUUAGCCCACGUGCUCCAUUCCGACCGGAAGGAAAGCCGUAUUCGAUGCAGCAACUACCGGGUUCAAAGGCGCAGCCACCUGGGAUGAAUAAUGCGCAGGUCUACCAACAACAGAGUGCCCCAAAGCGAGAGAUCGUUUUCCCUCCAGAAAGUGUGGAAGCAAUAUUGCCUGUUUUGUAUAAACGCAAGCGAAUGACACGAGGGGAUGUAGCACCUGUAGAAGCAUGGAGGCUUAUGAUGAGUCUGCGCUCUGGCCUACUGGCAGAGAGUGCUUGGGCUCUGGAUAUUCUCAACAUCCUUUUGUUUGAUGAUAGCACAGUUGCAUAUUUUGGACUAGCCCACAUGCCAGGACUACUUGAUGUGCUGUUGGAGCAUUUCAGACGCAGUUUAGCUGACAUGUUUGACUCGCCUCUUCCAGAUUCUGGGAAGAAGUGGUUCCAGGCACCAAAGGUGGAAACACCGGAAGUGGACCUAGGGCAAGUUAGAGUGCCAGUUGAUCCUGCAGAUCACAUCACAUUAAUGAAAUCGACACCAAAUUAUACUCUUGUGACUAGAAACGGUGAGGUAGUUCGAAUUGUGAACAGAGAUAAUGAGAUUUUUGUUGUGGAUAAUCGGAAGAGCUGGGACAUUGAAGGUGACUUGGCAGAAAACUAUGAUGUGGUUCAAGACCCGUGGCAGUUGACCUCUUCAGACAUCAGUUCGACGAAGUACAUUGUGUCAUGUUUCCAAGGAGAGUUCGGUAAUGUUCCAUUUGUGAGACUGCUCGAUGACAGUAAAACUGUAGGUGCCGAAGAGGAAGAAGAUUGUCGGACAAAAGUAAGUGAAGAAGAAUCGUAUCCCAUUGAAAACUUGAGUGUAACUCCUCCUAUAGUGCUAAAAAUGGAAUGUAGUGAUGACAACGGUGUUACUGAUAGUUUGAGCAGUGCAUCUAAUGUGAUACUUAAUGAGGAACAUUUGAGUAAAGACAGCUCCUUCGUUGAUGUGCAGGAUAGUGAUGAAGUGAAACGGACUAAAACUAUUUUGAGUGAUGUGUUUUCGCGGAUAAAAACGGAAAAUAAAGAAGAAAAUUCAUUGCUGCCUGAACACUGUGUAGACCCCUUAGAGCCUCCUAAAGAAACUGUAGAAGUGAAAAAGGAAGCAAACUGUGUCGAAAGUGAGAGCAGUAGUAAUUAUGAAAGGGAGUUGCCGCAUUCUCCAAAUGUACCAAAGGAUAUUGAAACAAAGAGGGAUAAUGCUGUAUCAGAAACUAGUGACACAAAUAAUUUUAGCAGCAGUAACAUAAAAACAGAACAUACAAACAAUGACAAUAGUUCUAAUAGCAAUGAGAGUAGUAUAUUCAACAUAAGGAAAGGUGAUAACUGUAACAGCACAACACCGAAUGAAUCCAGUUGCGAUUAUAAGAUCAAAGAAGGUGUUGAAAGUGAAAUUAUUGCCAGUGAAGAAAACAGUGAAGAAAACAGGGGCGGCAUACAAAUAAGGGAUCCUGCGGGAACGUUGAAAAGAAGACGUAUGUCAGAUUAUGAAGACGAAUGUUACACGAGAGAUGAAGCGAGCCUUUACCUUGUUACUGAUACACAGGAUGCAAAGGCAAGGCGUUGUGUUUGUCUUUCAACUAUUUUGAGGAAUCUGACAUUUGUCCCGGGCAAUGAAGCAGAGUUUGCCAAAAAUGUUACAUUCCUUGAUUUGUUGGGGAAGCUUUUACUCUUACACCACGAACAUCCUCCUCGUGCACAGAAACAGCGCAAUUAUGACCGUGAAGAAGAUGCUGACUUUGCAGAUUCUUGUAGCAGUUUACAAGGUGAGGCGGAAUGGUGGUGGGACUUCUUGCACCAUGUGCGCGAAAAUGUGUUGGUGACAGCGGCUAAUAUUGCCGGUCAUAUGGACCUCGGUCAACAUCCUGAGGAAGUGUCGCGGCCCGUAAUUGAUGGACUUCUUCACUGGGCAGUUUGUCCAGCUGCUCAUGGUCAGGACCCAUUUCCCGGAUCUUCAGGCUCGUUGUCACCCCAGCGCCUCGCACUGGAAGCUCUGUGCAAAUUGUGCGUAACGGACUCUAAUGUAGAUCUGGUUGUAGCUACGCCACCCUACUCCCGUUUGGAACGUCUGUGUGCUGUGCUGACACGACUUCUGUGCUGGUCAGAAGAGCAAGUGCUACGAGAGUUUGCAGUGAAUAUGCUGCACUACCUGGCCGCUGCGGACAGUGGUGUGGCACGUACUGUUGCACUGCAGAGCCCGUGUGUGUCCUUGCUAGUAGCAUUCAUCGAGCAGGCGGAAGCUACUGCAUUAGGGGUAGCCUAUCAGCACGGUAUCGGUGCACUUAUAGACAAUCCAGAUGCUAUGGGAACCAGUCUGGAUAUGCUGAGGCGUGCGGCUGGUACAUUACUUCAUCUGGCACGACAUCCUGAAAACCGGCCGCUCUUCCUGCAGCAAGAACAGCGUCUGUUAUCCCUCGUCAUGAGCCAGAUCCUCGAUCAGCAAGUGGCAGCUGUAAUCUCCAGUGUUCUUUUCCAGUGCUCAUGGCCCUCUUCGUAGCAUGCACAGCAGUUGUAGACAACUAAGUGGUGAAACUGGCACGGAUGUUUCCUUCUCUUGUGAUUUUUGCUGGAACAUAUUGUGAGAGAUGACUUUUAAGUCUGAAUGUAAUGAGGACUGAGUUUCCGGUUCGUCAGUCCUUUAUUCCUUUCUUUUA